AUGAUGGACCGUCAUUAUCCUUCGCACCCAUCCUUCACCAAGACUAAGGUCCCCUCGUCUAAUCAAGCCCCGAGCAAAGCUUCCGUCUCUACUAUCUUGGAAUCCGCGAAACGCGCCAACCCCGCCAAGUUCAUCUCUCCGAUCUCGACCAAUCAUGCUGGUCCUCUGCUGGGCAACACACUCAACUCGAGCGCUUCCGUACACACCGCUGCAUCGGCGCUUAUCUAUCCCUCGUCACCCGGCGAGGGUCCGCCUGUAGAACCGAGCUUGUUCGCCUACUCUUCCUCAUCGUCCGGCAGGACACCAAAGAAGGUCCAAGGUAGCAAUGCGAGUGUGCAUACAGCGCAGACGAAGAAGAGCAACGAACGUGCCACCAUACGCAACGCUCGAGGCGAGAUCGAAUGGAAAGAUCCUCCUCCCGUUCCAUCCGCUCUUCCGUCAGCCUCUGGAUCGCAGCAACGACGCGGGCCAUCGCCUUACGACACUGUGAAACCGAGAUCCCGCAAUCGCUCUGCUGGUGCGACAGAUGAGCGACGAAGACAGAACAGUCGAGGAGACGUGCCAUACAAAGCCAUCGGCAACAGCUCUAAUCUGAACGACACCCUUUCUCCGCCACAGCGACCACGCAACCGACGCAGAUCUACGGACGAUGACGAUGGAUUUCAUACCGCCGAUGAAGAUGCCAUCGAAGCGCGAGAAUGGGAGUGGAAACGAGAUCAGCAGAUGCAAGCAGAUCGACUCGAAGUCUAUCACCGCCAGCAAGCCUGGGAAGACGAAGAUCGACGUGCUAGGAAGCGUGACGACCGCGACCGAGCUCACGCUGAAUCCAUGGAGCGGAAGCUUCAAACAGAGGCACGAAGGAAAGCUGAUCGUGAUGCGAGACGUCUGGCACGAGAGAAGGCCGAGCAAGAAGAAGCAGAGCGUCGAAAGCGACACCACGAAGAAGCUCAGCGUCGACGCAUCGCAGCUGAGCGUGAGGCCGAGGAAGCACGCAUUUUGAAAGAGAAGGAAGCCGCAGAGAGAAGGGCCAGACGAAAGCAGCAGCAAGAAGAACGACGAAAGCGCGAAGAGGAAGUAGCCAUACGUAAAGCUGAAGAGGAUGCUAAGCGGAAAGAAGAGGAACGUCUUGCUGCGAUUGAGGCAGAACAACUAGCGAAAGAGGCUGCUAUCGAAGCGGAGAGGGUGGCCAAGGAGAAUGCUAUUCGAGCUGAACGAGAGGCUGUGCUGGAGAAGGAACGACAGUUGGUGGACGCAAAGCGUCAGGUCGAGGAAGAAGAUCGUGCUGCACGACGCGCCGGACGAAGGGAAGACCGACGUGCUCAGCGCGCACUCGCAGCCGGCUUCCCAGCUGGUGAGACCGAUCCGGAGGCACAACAGUCCGAGGACGAAGAUGAAGAUGAUGUCCUCUUUCGGGACGACGACUCUGAUGCAGAGUCGGAAGUCUUUGUUGAUGCAGGCACCGAAGACGAUCUCGACGCAGAUGCAGAGGCAAAGAGCGCUACUAUCGGCUCGAUGGCUCGUUCAACCUCCAACCUUGAUGCACCCUCCAGCACGGAUGGAAGCUCCGACAUGCCUGGUACACCAGCAGAUGAAAAGGCAAUGUCGAUGCUUGCGCCUCGCUCAUCUACUUUGGACUUGGGCAGGAAGUCCUCGUCGAAAGCUGGUCACGGACAGGUCAAGUUUGCUGCCGGCACCAGUGGCGAAGCAACCCCGACAGCGGCAGGUACACUCAUCGAGAAAAUUGCACCGUACAAGUCGGAUCGCUUCCGAGAUGCAGUCAGACUCGGCGCCAGGCGGGCACCGACAUCAACAGCGGCAGCAGCCCCAGACUCGACGAUCCCGCAAUCGACUUCAUUGCUCACAGCCACGUUCGCAGCCACGAAAGAAGAGGGCGACGAGGCUGAUGACGACGAUGAGGAUCGACCUGCAGAUGACGAGAUCGUUCAGCCAAAUGGGCCGUAUCGUGACGGCGGUAUCACCUAUGGCCGAGGUUGGUGUGCUCAUGGUCUUGCUGACCCCUCGCUCGCCAUCGAUCAUCGCCGCUACGUUCGCGUUCCUCGAGGCAAAGCUCCCGCUGCAGUCGAGUCCGAGGACGCCACCAAGUCAGCCGCUGUUCUAGAGGCCCAAGAAUUUGAUGAGGUGAUGUACUCCGACCUUGGCGAGCUCAUCUGGUCGGCUACCACGCCUGACGUGAUCGCCCGUCUCAUCAGCCAUCUCGACUACGCAGACGUCAAAGCUCUUCGUCAAAUCUCGCAGUCCAUUCGCUUCUCACUUGGUCAGCUCGCCGGACGUGAGAUCGUCCUCGCUCGCUUCCUUGCACCUAUCGGCUAUCACACAUGGAAACCUGCCAGCAUCUCAACUGACCCGAACGCCGAAGUUGUCGAAAAGGAUCCGCUGCCGUUGAGCUUAAGCGACUGCGAGGCCUUCUUGCUCAGCUUCGAUCUCGUGUCGGAGUACAAGCUCGUGGGUGCGGAGUACGCGAGAGCGCCGCAUAAGAUGGAUCCUCGUUAUCCGAGACUAGCCCGCGCAACGACCAGAGCAUGGAAUCGAGUGCUGACUCGACUGAGGAUGCAGCCCGACUACCGGGGUGGCAGUGGCAGCCAGCAUGGCAUCACGAGCCCGUGGAAGCCGGGUCGUGCUGGAUUCUUCCGUGCCUGGGUUCCCUCGGCAGAGGCAGGAGGCUGGCUGAGCGACACAGAGUUGGCUCGUUGCGAGCGAGAGUUGUUCAUCGCUGGUGUCUUGCCGCAUCUGCAAAAAGGCGAUGUUGUCUGGGACUGCGCUGUUGGAGACGAACGCAACGAAGGCAAAUACAUCUUCGACGGUCGAUACCUGCGCGAUCUUUCUUUCAUGUUUGAUCGUGGAGGACACUUGCCAUCCUGGCUCAACGCCUUCUCGUUCGCACCCAGCUACUACCACAACAUCAUCCGAAGUUCGGAUGCGUCUCAGCCAGUUGCCUACCUGGAUGUUCUGCCAUGGCGUGACCAGAUCGUGUCAACGAUGCGGCUUGUUCAGGACCAGGUUGAGACCUUCUCACCUCAAGGCGCGCGCUACAGGAUCUCGAAAUGGCUCUACAGAGCUGCCAUCAACGUUGUACCAGGGGCCAUCAUCUCAGACGAAGGCCUGGAGGUGGUCGACGCAGGAUGGCAUGGCAAGAUCGUUAUUGAGACGGAGGGUACAGCGGAGCAUGCGAAAGAGUUGAUAUCAAGAUGCGCAGGACCAGCAGAAUCGGCACAGACCAAAGCGAGGCUGUUGGCAAGCGUCAUGGAUGCCGAUGGUCGACCUCGGGUGCCAAAGGCACCUGCCCCAACAAAGGACGCACAAGGAAACAGAAUCGAGACCACAACACCUUGGGCUAUCGUCAGAGCGAGGAGCAGACCGGGACUCAUCUGGAUCAGACCCAUGGACAUGCGCGAGCGGGUCGUUUUCUAA